CUAAAGCAGUAAAGGUCCUAUCUUUUGGGGUUUAAUUUUAGUGAUGUCUUAUUGUAAUUCUGGCCUCAAACUGUAGCAAAUAGUGUUCCAAUAGGUGUAGAUUUUGUCAUCUGUUUUAAUGUGUUCAUUUCCUUUAUUCAAUUUUCCACACACAAUUCUGUUGUAAUCUAUUGCCAAAGUUCUCAGCUUUUUUCCCCCUCUCCCUUGAUCCAGUUGCACUGGUUUUCUAUGUAGCAUUUCAUUUUGCUGAGGGUUUUGUAUUCUGGGUUUUGAAAUAGACUUCUGUAGGAUUUAAGUAGAGGGAACCAGUUCUGGAAAAAAUACUUUCUGGAUAAACAUUAUUGUGUUGGGGUUAUUAGUAGAAGUAACCAAAAAAGACAUUUCAAUUAGGGAAGAAAGGGAGAGCAUGGCUUUAGAUAGAAUAGAAUGGAGGAAAAGAAUUCAUGUGAUCAACCCAAUCUAAUUGGCUAAGGAUCCCUGACUGACCCCAAAUUUUGGGACUAAGGCUUUGGUGUUGUUGUUGCUGUUGGGUAUUAGUUCUUGUUAAGUAGAUGGUCAUGGAUCAUCAACCCUUGAGCAAAUCCUAUGGUACCACUACUGGAUUGAAAUUCAGUAAUGAGAUUGAGACUGAUAGUAAGUUUGCUGAUCAAAACAGUGCAAGUUUUGCACUUUCGCCACCCAAUGCAAUCCCCAGUAACAUAACCCCUACUUUGAGUGAGAAGCCAGAGGUAAAUUUACACGAGGACUAUGAUUUUAGUGAUGUAUUUCUCAAGCACAUCAACCAGAUACUUUUGGAGGAAGAUAUGGAAGAGAAGGACCACGUGCAUCAGAGGUCUACAGCACUUGAGGCUGCUGAAAAAUCAUUCUAUGAGCUUCUUGGAGAGAAGUAUCCACCUUCUUCUGAUAAUGGUCGGCCCUAUGUGGAUCAAAACCAUGAAAUCUCAGAUGAAUAUCAUGCUUUAAAUCACAGUGACUCUAGUUGUAGCGCUAGCAGUAACAACUUCGUGAUUCAUGGCUGGGAUUAUGAUUUGGUUCAGUAUGAAUCCUCAAAUAAUACUCCUCAGUUUACGUCUGAUUCAAUUUAUAGCUUGUUAGAAGGCACUUGCAAUAUUCCUGAAGCACUUUUUGACAGUGAGUUCACUUUGCAAUUUAAGAGAGGGUUUGAUGAAGCGAGGAAGUUUCUUCCAAAAGGAGAUAGUCAGAGUAAUACGUUUCUUGUCAAAGAGCAGGAGGAGGAAACUAAGAAUGUCGUAUGUAUGGUUGAGAAGGAAGAUGGGAAUUUGUACUCCCUUGAUGGUUUGAGGGCAAAAAGGAACCCUCAUUCUGAGGAUGUGAAUUUAGAAGAGGGGAGGAGUAUAAAGUAUACUAGAAAGCAGUCAGCAGCUUUUACUGAAUCUACUGUGAUUCAGCAAAUGUUUGAUAUGACUUUGCUACACUCCAAAGAAGUUGAUUCUGUUCCUUGUGAAACUGCGCAGGAUGAAAAAAGCAAGAAUGUACAGCCAAAUGCUCAGUCCAAGGGGUCAAAUAGUGUAAGGGCCAAUUGGAGGAACACUGGAGGCCAAAGGGGUGUGGUGGAUUUGAGAACUCUUUUGACACUUUGUGCAGAAGCUGUUGCAGAAGAUGAUCAAAGGACAGCCACCAAGCCACUGAAGCAGACCAGACAGCAUGCUUCUCCUGUAGGGGAUGGAAUGCAGAGAAUGGCUCACUAUUUUGCCAAUGGUCUUCAGGCUCGCAUUGAUGGCUCUGGUACUCAGAUUUACAAAGCUCUUAUGACUAGGCGAACGUCAGCUGCAGAUGUAUGGAAAGCUCACCAACUGUAUUAUACUGCAUUUCCAUUUUAUAAGAUUAUCAAUCUCUUCUCAAGUAAGACAAUUAUGAAUUUAGUUGAGAACGAAACAAGACUCCACAUUGUUGAUUUUGGUAUUCUUUAUGGUUUGCGAUGGCCUUCCCUCAUACAACAGCUCUCAGCAAGGCCUGUUGGAGCUCCUAAGCUUCGGAUUACUGGAAUUGAUUUUGCAUUACCAGGUUUCCGACCAGCACAAAGGGUUGAGGAGACAGGGCUCCGCUUGGCACACUGUGCAGAGACCCUCAAUGUUCAAUUUGAGUUCAAUGCAAUAGCGCAAAGGUGGGACACCAUUCAAAUUGAAGAUCUCAAACUUGACAAUAAUGAGGUUCUUGUUGUGAAUUGUAUGAAUAAGCUCAAUUACCUACUUGGUGAGACAGUGGUGGUAGAGAGUCCAAGACAGCUUGUCUUGAACCUGAUCAGGAAGAUGAAUCCACAUGUUUUCAUACAGGGGGUUGAGAAUGCAGCCUAUGGUGGACCCUUCUUUACUUCAAGAUUUCAACAGGCUCUUUUCCACUUCUCUGAUUUUUUUGAAAUGCUUGAUACCUACUUGCCCCUUGAGAGUCAAGAGAGGAUGGUUAUUGAGAGUGAGUCAUGUGGGCGGAAGGCAAUGAAUGUCAUUGCUUGUGAGGGCUCAGAGAGAAUUGAGAGGCCGGAGACAUACAAACAGUGGCAGCUUCGGCAUCUGAGGGCUGGAUUUAGGCAGCUGCACUUGAAUCAGGAGAUGAUGAACACAGCUAGGGACUGGCUGAAAUCAUGCUACCAUAAGGAUUUUGUUAUUGAAGAAGACAGCCAGUGGCUGCUUCAGGGCUGGAAGGGACAGAAUAUUUAUGCACUCUCUUUUUGGAGGCCUGAUUGUUAAAUGCAUUAUCAUUGUUGUUCAACUAAGGCAACAUGGAAUACUCCUAGCUAGUGUUCAACUUGCAGCCCUUUGUUGUCUAUGAUUUUGCCUUGGAUUUCUUACACACAAAGCUAAGGUUGAUUUUGGGAGUGAUCUUUUUACCUCCUGCUCAUUAUCUUUCUAUAAAAGGCCUAUUCUUAAUUUUACAGAUAUAUGUGCAUAUGGAUGCUUGGAUACUUACUGUGUUUCAAGACACAGAUAUAUUCAAUUAUAAAAGUUGUGUAACAAAGAUGGGAAA